AUGGUGUCACCUGCCGGGACCAGCCGGCAAAGAGAACAAGUCGCGAUCGCAACAGCACGGAAGCCUGAGGAAAAAGCUGAUAUAAGGCCAGCACGAGUGGCAUCAGCCUCAAGAUCCCUGAAUCCAUACGUAGUAUUUUUUGUUGUCGUCGCAGUGGUGGCGAUCCUGGCAGUGAUCAUAGGUCUACUUGUCUACUUUUUAGCUUUUGAUCAAAAAUCUUCCUUUUACCAAAGCAGCAUUCAAAUCCUGGGUGUUCGAUAUAGUAAUGAGUUUAGUUCACCAGCUACAGAGAAAUAUAGGACUUUGAGUGGAAAUAUUGAAUCUAUGAUUACUAGAACAUUCAAAGAGUCAGAUUUAAAAAAUCAGUUCAUCAAAUCUCAUGUCGUCAAACUGAGGCAAAGUGGAAAUGACCUGAUAGCAGAUAUUGUCAUGAAAUUUACAUUCACCAGAAGAAACAAUGAAGCAUCAAUGAAAAGGAGAAUUGAGUCUAUUUUACACCAAAUGCCGAAUACCUCUGAAGACUUCGGAAUGACUCCAAUUCAGUUAACACAAUGUGGGGUCCGCUCGGGCCUGAUAACCUUGUCUGGGGACAGAAUCAUGGGAGGCAGUAAAGCUGAGGAAGGAGACUGGCCUUGGCAAGUCAGCCUCCAGUGGAGCAACUCUCACCGCUGCGGAGGAGCCUUGAUCAGUAACAGGUGGAUCCUGUCAGCAGCUCACUGCUUCAGAAGCUACUCUGAGCCUCGUCAAUGGAUAGCCACCUUUGGUACCUCCACAACAUCUCCUCGACAGAGAGUAGGAGUAAUGAGAAUUUUAAUCCAUAACAAUUAUAACCCUGAAACUCAUGAAAACGAUAUUGCACUUGUACAACUUGAUAGAGAAGUCACUUACACCAGAUAUAUUCAUAGAGUGUGCCUCCCAGAGGCUAACCAGGCCAUUUCACCCGGUUCCACUGCUUAUGUAACAGGAUGGGGAUCUCAGAGUUACAGCGGCAGCACAGUUUCAGAACUAAAACAAGCACAGGUCAAUAUAAUAAGUAACAAUAUAUGUAAUGCACCAGCUGGUUAUAAUGGAGCCGUCCUGCCUGGAAUGCUAUGUGCUGGAGUACCUCAAGGUGGAGUGGACGCAUGCCAGGGUGACUCUGGAGGCCCUCUAGUACAAGAAGACUCACGGCAACACUGGUUCAUCGUGGGGAUAGUAAGCUGGGGGUAUCAGUGUGGUCUGCCAGAUAAGCCAGGAGUCUACACUCGAGUGACGGCAUACCGUGACUGGAUAACCCGACAAACUGGGAUCUAG